AUGAUUCAAAAUCUUCAUCAGUAUACUGUAAGAGAAUCAGAAUCAAAAAAUAAGAAUUUAGGUAGUUUAGAUGACUUAUCGUCGCAAUCAAAUACAGGUCAAGUUGUGGAAUCAGGUGCAAAUAAAGUUGUG